AAAGCCUCUCACAGCUCCUACAUUCCCUCUCAGUGCAAGAAGGCAGGUCUCCAGACAAAGCUCCAAGGAUGGGAAGACAUCAGUACUACCUGGAUAAGCUGUCCCGCACCUUCCAGAUCCGCAACAAGCUCAUGCGUCAGGCCCUGGCUGAGUGUCUCGGGACCCUGAUUCUUGUGAUGUUUGGCUGCGGUUCCGUGGCACAGCUGACGCUGAGCAAGGGCACACAUGGCAUGUUCUUCACCGUUAACUUCGCCUUUGGCUUCGCCGCCAUGCUGGGAAUCUUGGUGUCUGGCCAGGUGUCAGGCGGCCACCUCAACCCCGCUGUGACAUUCGCCCUUUGCCUCCUGGGCCGAGAGAGAUGGAGGAAGUUUCCCGUCUACUUCCUGGCCCAGACCAUCGGUUCCUUCUUGGGCGCCGCUAUAAUCUUUGGUCUCUACUAUGAUGCCAUUUGGGACUAUGCUGGAAAGAUGCCAGAUGAACUGUUGGUUGUGGGUGAGAAGGCCACUGCUGGGAUAUUUGCUACAUACCCGGCCAAGCACCUUACCGUCGUUAAUGGUUUCUUUGAUCAGACCAUUGGCACUGCGGCUCUGAUCGUGUGCAUUCUGGCCAUCGUGGAUCCCCACAACAACGCCGUCCCCCCCGGCCUGGAAGCCUUCACCGUGGGCUUCGCCGUCCUGUCCAUCGGCCUCUCCAUGGGCUUCAACUCCGGCUACGCCGUCAACCCGGCGCGUGACCUGGGGCCGCGUCUCUUCACCGCCAUCGCCGGCUGGGGCCCGGAGGUGUUCACGGCGAGGAAAUGUUGGUUCCUGGUGCCAAUCUUUGCCCCUUUCCUCGGCUCCAUCGUUGGCGUCAUGGUCUACCAGCUGAUGGUGGGUUUCCAUCAGGAGGGCCAGUCGCGCGACGAGAGAGCUACUAUCGAGGAGACGGUCAAACUGAACGACGUCAGCACCGAAAAGGACGGCAAAGACGGCACCGUGGCAUGAGACAGUCAUCAUCGUCUCUAUCUCUUUUUAGAGGAAAGUGCCGAACUCAAGACACCGUGUCUCUCCCUGUUUGAUGAACCAGAGGUGGCAAAGUUCAGGUUCAGAAAGUGAACGUUUUUUCACCUACACCUACACCUAUUUGUCAAGAGCCAUAUGACAUCUCUCCCUUUAGUUCUACCUCUGAUCUUACAAUACUCCCCCAACAUGUCCCCAGGGCAUGGCUUUCUUUUAAUCUCUCUGAGCCUGAAGUUUACACCUUUGUGUUGUUAAUGUAGAGGAAGCACUAAGCAGCUUUGUUAUGGUCCUAAGUUUUUCGUCCUUUCUGCUCUAGUGUUUCUGAUUUGUCUGUGCAGUUUAAGAGGACUUGGUUAAGGGAGAAAGCAAGGAUUGUAACUCUGUCUUAAUCAUGUCUGGAUAAAAUGUGUAUUUACUGCCAAUUUUAAGGAAAAGAAAUACAGAGUAGUUCAAUAGAGGCACUUGUACAUUUACAGUGAUGCAGAUUGAUAGUAUUUUUCCGGAUUUACAUGUUGUAUUUUAUUUAUAUUGAAAUGUAUUUUUUUGUUAUCAAUGUUUGAAUAUCCCAGUCACAUCUCUACAUUUUGUAUAUCUGAGAAAUAAUAAUUUCCAGUAUAUUUGUAUUCCUGUAGAGGACAAUAAAAUGUUUCUUUUUUUGUAAAA